UUCAAACUUACCAAUCUUGUCGAGUAUUGUUAGGUGUUCGGUGUCCUUCGCCAACGUUAUGACGUUUGAUUAACAAUUUCACAUGCUCACUUGGCUGAGAUCUGAGGCCCUGAAUUAUACGUGAAAAUGGAAAAAAGAAAGCUGCUGCGAAACGUCACUUGGAUAACCGUCACUGCCAUUUUGGUAUCUACUCUUCGGAAUUUACAAACGUGAACUAACGUAAACCAACAAAGGGUGCUCGGAAUCGAACUACUAACAGCUUCUUUCCUUCUUCCUCCCUUCCCUUACCAACAGGAACGGGUUGUAGUGGGCUGCCACCAUACUUGCUGCCACUGCUGAGCGCUGAUGUUGAAGGAUCUUAAGCUACAAUUUGAUAAAUAUUGCUACUCGAGUAUUAUAACAAACUACAAGGCGACUGAUUAUUGUUUGAAAAAUGACAGCUAUGGAACCACCUGUGGAAUUUGCUUUUCCAUUUCCUGCAUAUCAAAUUCAAAAAGAUUUUAUGAAAGAGUUGUACAUGUGUCUUGAGAAUGGUGAUCUAGGUAUAUUUGAGAGUCCCACUGGAACUGGCAAGUCUCUUUCAAUCAUCUGCGGAGCUGUUAAAUGGCUUCUAGACCAUGAAGACCAUAAAAAGAACGACUUAAUUGUAAAAAUAGCAGCAUUGGAUACCAAGUUACGAGAAAUGGAUGAAAAACAGACCACAGAUUGGUUCAGCAUUCAAACUGACCAACUAAAAAUUAGAAAUGAGAAACAACUAUUACAGAAUCAGCUUGAUCUGAUACUAAAGAAUGAGGAAAAAAUGUCAAAAAUCAAACAGAAGAUAGUAGGUGAUGCUAAAAAAGUAUUUCACAAAUCAAAAGCUGUCCGACCAGACUCCAUAGAUCUGGAUUCAAAUAACAGAGAAGAUGAAAAAGAUCACGACGAUGAUGAUCUAAUUUUAGAGGAUCUUUCAGAUGAUUCUGACGAAUCGGAUGAGGAAACCGAUCAAUAUCAGAAUACCAAGAUUUAUUAUUGUUCUAGAACACAUACUCAGUUAUCUCAAUUUAUUGGAGAAUUGAAGCAAAGCCCUUACAGUAGUAACGUUCGAUUGGUACCUCUUGCUUCCAGGAUGAGCUACUGCAUAAAUAAAAAUGUCAAACGAUUGAAACACUCGAAUCUAAUAAAUGAAAAGUGCCUGCAGUUACAGCGUAAAAAGUCCACAGCCAAAGAUGAAAAGAGUCUUAAAAAAUCUAAGGUAACUACCAGCUGCCCUUUUUUACCUGGAAAUCAAGAAGCACUGAAGACCCAGAUUUUGGGUGCAAUAAAAGAUGUUGAAGAUGUAUCUCGAAUUGCACAAGAAUUAAACACUUGCGCUUAUUAUUCGUCAAGAAAUAGUGUGGAAGAUGGUCAAGUUAUUAUUUUGCCGUACAAUUCAAUCUUGCAUAAAAGUACACGUCUGAGCCUGGGAAUUAAUCUUAAAGGAAAUGUACUGAUAAUAGAUGAAGCACAUAAUUUAUUAGAUGCCAUAGAAAGAAUGCAUAGUGCAGAAAUCACAGGAAGGAAUCUUCUACACUCAAUUAAUCAACUGACCCAGUAUCAAAAUAGGUUUGAGUCUCGGUUUUCUCCUAUGAAUCUGCUUUCCAUAAAUCAAUUGAGCUUUUGUCUGAAGAAAUUGAUUCACUUUCUCGGUGGAACUAGCAAGUCCAAUCCUCAGGAUAAGAUCGCUGAAAAAUCAUCGAGGUUGUAUACAUUAGAAGAGUUUGAAACAGCAGCUGAAAUAGACACGAUAAACUUGUUUAAGUUGAUCGACUUUGUGAAAAAUUCAAAACUAUGUUUCAAACUUCAGAAAUACAUGGAUAAAGCAGGGAACGUUGUAAUGAUCCAUAAUAAUAAAACACAUAAAUCAGGACUGAAAGAUUUUCUAAACACUCUUCAAGGAAAGCAAUCUGAAGUUGUAGAAAUUCCAUUGAUUGUGAAGGAUGAUAAAAAAUCAGCGGAGAGUCAAUCCAGCUCUCUCAUGGCUGUGAUAAAUUUCUUGGAAUGCUUGAAAAAUAAUUGUUCUGACGGACGAGUCUUUCUACUUCCCGCAUCCACGAUAGGUCAAGCUGGGCUGAAGUUUGUGCUUCUGAAUCCUGCAGCUCACUUCAUAGAUAUAGUUACAGAUGCAAGGGCAGUUGUCCUAGCUGGUGGGACAAUGGAACCUAUAUCUGAAUUUAAGGAUCAAUUAUUUGCGAGUGCAGGUGCAGAUCCUAAGAGGAUUCGUACAUUUACUUGUGGUCAUGUUGUGUCAAAAGAUAAUAUUUUGGCCACUGUGUUGACUCGAGGGCCUAGUGGAACGGAUUUGGAAUUCAACUACCAAAAUCGAGAUAAUAAAAAAAUUUUAGAUGAGGUUGGUCGCAUAUUAUCCAACCUUUGCAACAUUGCGCCAGGUGGAAUGGUCGUAUUUUUACCAUCUUACAAAUAUGAAAUAACAGUCCACGAGCAUCUCGAGGCGUCAGGAAUCCUGAAAAAAUUAUCCAUGAAGAAACGUAUCUUUAGAGAGCCAAAACUCACGUCAGAAGUAGAAAAAACACUCGAAGAUUACACUAAGUCUGUGAAUAAUCCUCAGCAUCCGCGGAACGGCUCUUUGUUAUUCAGUGUUAUCGGAGGAAAGCUGAGCGAAGGAUUAAAUUUUUCUGACAACCUAGGCCGUUGUAUUGUAGUAAUAGGUAUGCCAUAUCCGAACAUAAAAUCGCCGGAGCUACAGGAAAAAAUUAAAUUUCUAAACGAGAAUAUGGUACGUAAUUCGUUUCACGAAAUUUCGACUGAUUCCAGUCACUCCCGCGCUGUGAUACAAAUUUUUUUCCAGGCCCCGAACGCUGGUAGUUUAUUCUACGAGAAUUUAUGUAUGAAAGCAGUCAACCAGUGUAUCGGAAGAGCCAUACGUCACAUCAACGACUACGCUGCUGUCGUUUUACUCGACAAACGUUACACUCAUAAGUCAAAUUCAUUACCAACGUGGUUACAAAAUUCAUUAGUCAUCACAGAUUCAUUUCCAAACACGAUUCGGAACAUGGCCAAAUUCUUUGCAGAUAGAAAAAAAAGUAAUUCCGUAUGAUAACGUUAUUGAGGGUUGAAUCUUGUGAAUUGGGAUUAUGCGCCGAUAUUUAAAAAGACGGCAAUCAUAGUUAAAAUCCAAGCCGCUUGCAGCGCUGAAUUCUAGCGGGUUGAGUUCAAGUUUUGAAUAUCGUAUAAAACUGGUUCUCCCACUGAAAUAUCUUGGAGAUUUAUGUUACAAGUUUGAUCAAGGCGUAUUCUACACUUCGAAGCAGAUCCCAAUAGACCUCUCUGUGUUUCGACUCACGCAAACAAAAUAAUCAUAAAUGUCGAACCGCAAAUACAAAAAUAAUUUGAUUUCUAUGUUCACUCCGGUAUUUUGAAUAAAAAAUGAAUGGAGAUGGAUCUAAUGAAAAAUUGACAAAAAUAUCGACUCUGCGAUUAGCUAUGAAGUAUAUAAAGGGACUUACAGAAUUAUUGCACAAAGAUAAUGGAGCUUAUAGUAAUGACGACUGCAGUAACGAUGAUAUGAUG